AUGGGUGGGAUGUGCUCCAAGUCGAGGAGAUCCACUGUAGACGAUGUCACUGUAAAUAAUGCUCCCAGUGGAAGCAUUCCUCCUGCUAAUGGCCAUUCAAAUAAUGGGUCUCGUGGUCUGCCUCCAAAAGUGAAUGCGAAUUCAACACCGUCUCCGGUUAGUGAUGGCAUGGAUAAGAAAUUGCGAGACCCGUUUAUGUUGCCAGAGACAAAUAGUAUGGUUCCUUAUGGGCUGAUUACAGAUGAUGUCAAUGAUGGGAUUCCGCACUUGUCGAGGGCCUUGUCGCAGAAAAAUAGAUCUACCAAAUCUAAGCAGGCUGUUGCAAAGGUAAUCCGACUUUGA